GACUGACUGCCUUCUGUGCACCCGCGUGCAUUACCGUGGGUGCGCACCAAAUUCUGUCGCUCGCCAUGUGCGAGAAGUUUGACGUGGCCGCCUUCCGGCGGAGCGUUGCUGCCGUCAACCGGCCAGACGAGGGCAUGCGCGGCACCAGCGCCGACGCGGAAAGGCUUUCGGCAGCGCGGCGGCCAGAGAUCGCCGCAGCUUUGGGCAAGGCCUUGGCCUCGGCGGAGACCACCGACGCGGCGGCGGCGCUGAGGAGCUGUCUCAGUGGGCCGGCGGAGGGGGAGGCAUUCUGCGACGCCGUGGCGCGGCCUCUAUGCGACGCCCUGGCUCAACCAGGCAUCCAGCAGAGCGCUUUGAACUGGCUGCUGUUUGCGCUGGUGAGACUCGCCCAGUUCAAGAGCUGCCAAGCGCGGUUGCUGGACGCUGGUGUGGCCGAGGUGCUCCUUGGAUUGUGGCGGCACGACCAUGGGUGUGUCCUGGGGAGAUUUGGUGAUCAGACGUGCAAUGGCGAGCGGCACGACGUGCUCGUGUGCCACAUUUUGGCGUUCCUCAGCGAGACAGGACUUGAGACGCUGGCGCGUUUGGUGCCGGUGGAAGCCAUUGAUGAGUUUGAGAAGGCGCUGGCUGGGCGUCUACAGGUGCCAGCAUCGGAGACUGGCGUCGACAGUCAUCCGGAAGCAGAGGAACUGGUGAAAGCGAGGUGCUUCUACGGGUUCCCUCUGUACUACCGGCCCCGCUUCAUUCUGCAAGCCGUCGCUUCUCUUUGCCAAGUCUCAGCACCCCACGCGGCCUACACGAGUGCCACUCGCAUCCCGGACAUGGUGGCGAAGCUGCGGAAGGGGGAGGUCAGCAAUGACAGCCAUGACAACUUGCCGUACGGCAGUCCUGAUGCUGUAGAGCUUUGUGAGGUUCUGUCGGAUGCCUUGGUGAAGCAUGGGGCAGUUUGCAGAGGCUGAGAAGC